AUGCAGCAAGCAGGGUCAGCAGUACUUGGUGCUAUCAAAGGGCAGGGGAUGUCCUGGUUCAAAAAUAUUAAAGACAGAACAGCUGCUGUUGCUCAGACAGUACAGUCAACCUAUGGUACUCGAGGUCCCGAUGUUACAUUUAUCACUUCGCGUCUUAUCAUAGCACCUCUUGUCGAUGGUAUUCCUGAGGCAUUGGCCGCCCAAGCUGAGGAAACAAUGAGAGCCCAUGUUAUGGAUCAGGCACGGGGACAAUUCGCUACUUUUAAUCUCUCUAACCGGUUUGUUUGUCGUGCUUUCUGCUACCAAGUUUUAUGCACAAAAAUUUUGAAUGGUAUUGGAACUUUGUUUAUCUGGGUUUAG